AGGAGUGCGGUGCGGUGCGGGUCAGUGCGGUGCGGGCGCGCGGAGCAGCAGCCAUGCGGGAGAUCGUGCACAUCCAGGCUGGCCAGUGCGGCAACCAGAUCGGCGCCAAGUUCUGGGAGGUGAUCAGUGAUGAGCAUGGCAUCGACCCCACCGGCAGCUACCAUGGGGACAGUGACCUGCAGCUGGAAAGGAUCAACGUGUACUACAAUGAGGCCGCUGGUAACAAGUUCGUGCCCCGCGCAAUUCUUGUUGACUUGGAGCCUGGCACAAUGGACUCGGUCAGAUCUGGACCUUUUGGGCAGAUCUUCAGACCUGACAACUUUGUCUUUGGUCAGAGUGGUGCCGGAAACAACUGGGCAAAGGGCCACUACACAGAAGGAGCCGAGCUGGUGGACUCUGUCCUGGAUGUGGUGAGGAAGGAGUCGGAAAGCUGCGAUUGCCUGCAGGGCUUCCAGUUGACUCACUCGCUGGGUGGUGGCACGGGCUCGGGGAUGGGCACACUCCUCAUCAGCAAGAUCAGGGAGGAGUACCCGGACCGCAUCAUGAACACCUUCAGUGUCAUGCCCUCACCCAAGGUGUCUGACACAGUGGUGGAGCCCUACAACGCCACGCUGUCUGUCCACCAGUUGGUGGAGAACACGGAUGAAACCUACUGCAUUGACAAUGAGGCCCUGUAUGACAUUUGCUUCCGCACGCUGAAGCUCACGACCCCCACCUACGGGGACCUCAACCACUUGGUGUCGGCCACCAUGAGCGGCGUGACAACCUGUCUGCGGUUCCCCGGCCAGCUGAACGCUGACCUGCGCAAGCUGGCCGUCAACAUGGUACCUUUCCCCCGCCUGCACUUCUUCAUGCCAGGGUUUGCCCCGCUGACGAGCCGUGGCAGCCAGCAGUACCGUGCCCUGACGGUGCCGGAGCUGACGCAGCAGAUGUUCGAUUCUAAGAACAUGAUGGCGGCCUGCGACCCGCGCCACGGCCGCUACCUGACGGUGGCCGCCAUCUUCCGGGGCCGCAUGUCCAUGAAGGAGGUGGACGAGCAGAUGCUCAACGUCCAGAACAAGAACAGCAGCUACUUUGUUGAGUGGAUCCCCAACAAUGUCAAGACGGCCGUCUGCGACAUCCCCCCGCGAGGCCUCAAGAUGUCUGCCACCUUCAUCGGGAACAGCACAGCCAUUCAGGAGCUGUUCAAGAGGAUCUCGGAGCAGUUCACGGCCAUGUUCCGGCGUAAGGCCUUCUUGCAUUGGUACACGGGCGAGGGCAUGGAUGAGAUGGAGUUCACGGAGGCCGAGAGCAACAUGAACGACCUGGUCUCCGAGUACCAGCAAUACCAAGAUGCCACUGCUGAUGAGCAAGGUGAAUUUGAAGAGGAAGGCGAGGAGGAUGAAGCCUAAGGUUACUGUUUGUAAGAGGGACUCCAGUAAAGCAGGCAUGUGUACCGAAUGACUUCUGUUAGUGGUGACUGAAGCAUGUUCUCUGUUGCAGUGUACUUAAUUAUCCUGUCAACCAUGUGUAACCUUAACAAGGACCUCAGUGUAACAGUUUUUGAAGUCAAGUUUAUUAUGAUGGCUCUUGUGUUUAAUUCAAUUUCAAGAUCACAUAUAAAUGCAUGUGUUCUAUA